GCCCAGUUUAGACUCGGUUCAACCCUAUCUAGUCUCUCACUACAUAUCUCUCUUUGGACUCUACGUCUCUACCGUAGCUCUGAUAUUUUUCGUUUUCCCAUUUUUCUACAAUCAGAGAUUUGCAAACCCUAAUUCGAUCUCCCGAUCUAGCCAUCUCUGCUCAGUUCUCAGAACUUGUGAAGUAUGGGAGACGCUAGAGACAACGAAGCCUACGAGGAGGAGCUUCUGGACUAUGAGGAAGAGGACGAGAAGGUCCUAGAUUCUGCAAGCAAAGUUAACGGCGAAGUCGUGAAGAAAGGGUACGUGGGAAUACACAGUUCUGGAUUCAGAGACUUCCUUUUGAAACCGGAGCUUCUCCGAGCUAUUGUUGACUCAGGAUUUGAACAUCCAUCCGAAGGCAAGGUUCCUUCGGUGCAAUUUUCUUUUGCUUCUCCACCAGUGCAACAUGAAUGUAUCCCUCAAGCUAUCUUGGGCAUGGAUGUUAUCUGCCAAGCAAAAUCCGGUAUGGGAAAGACUGCUGUGUUUGUGCUGUCUACUCUGCAACAGAUUGAACCAUCUCCAGGCCAGGUUUCUGCACUUGUCUUGUGCCAUACAAGAGAGUUAGCUUACCAGAUCUGCAAUGAGUUCGUGCGAUUCAGUACCUAUCUGCCUGAUACAAAGGUUUCGGUGUUCUAUGGCGGAGUCAGCGUUAACAUUCACAAAGACUUGCUGAAGAAUGAGUGUCCUCACAUUGUUGUUGGUACACCUGGUCGGGUGCUUGGACUUGCCAGGGAGAAACAUCUCUCCUUGAAGAAUGUGAGGCACUUUAUUCUGGACGAGUGUGACAAAAUGCUCGAGUCACUUGACAUGCGGAGAGAUGUACAAGAGAUCUUUAAGAUGACUCCCCAUGACAAACAAGUUAUGAUGUUCUCAGCAACGCUCAGCAAAGAGAUACGCCCAGUCUGCAAGAAGUUUAUGCAAGAUUCCAGUAAAGCCUUGGGUAGUUUGUUGGGGUUUGAAGAAUUUGUCAGGUCUCAAGGUUUCAUCAUCACUCUGUUCCGAGCAAUAUUGAUCUUUGAGGAUGCAAACGUGGUGGACGAGGAUCUCAAUUUGGGGCCAAUGGAAAUAUAUGUUGAUGAUGAAGCCAAAUUGACUCUUCACGGACUUGUCCAGCACUACAUCAAACUGAACGAGACGGAGAAGAACCGCAAGCUGAAUGACCUUCUUGACGCAUUGGACUUCAAUCAAGUGGUCAUCUUUGUGAAGAGCGUGAGCAGGGCGAAGGAGCUGAACAAGUUGCUUGUUGAAUGUAAUUUUCCCUCGAUCUGCAUUCACUCUGGCAUGACUCAGGAAGAGAGGUUGACUCACUACAAAAGUUUCAAGGAAGGGCACAAGAGAAUUCUUGUGGCGACAGACUUGGUAGGAAGAGGCAUUGACAUUGAGCGUGUCAACAUUGUGAUCAACUACGACAUGCCAGAUUCUGCUGACACGUAUCUCCACAGGGUGGGGAGAGCUGGUAGGUUUGGUACAAAGGGUUUAGCAAUCACAUUUGUCGCCUCAGCUUCAGAUUCUGAAGUUCUAAAUCAGGUGCAAGCGAGGUUUGAAGUUGAUAUAAAAGCACUUCCUGAGCAAAUUGAUACUUCCACAUACAUGCCGUCUUGAUGUAUCUUGUCUCUCAUGGAGCUUCGCAACUAUCAUUCCCUUUUCGUUGAGGACAAGUUUUCUCUUUAUUUAGACCGUUUGUAACGCUUUUAGAAAAAAAAGAUCUAGUUAACUCUACAAGAGAUUGUUAUGUUUUAUGAUCUCAGGAUUUUGUCUUGAGAAUUGUCUUAAAAUGGAGGAAUUGUAGACCUCUUGACUUGUUUAUUCUUUAUUUGGGAAUCGAUCUUAUUUGCUUGGAAACGAACAUCAUCAUGUUCUUCAGGUUCCUUCGUCAGUGCAUCAUGGCAAUGUACUUACUCCGAAAAUCCCUCUGCA